CGUAGAUUUUCAUUUUGUAGAGACUUCCACAGAUCCGAAGGGCGAUUAUAGGAAAGAGCGGAUAAAGGAAAAUCGUCGUCGAUCUUUAACAAUUAACAGCCUGAAGAGAUGUCAUACUCCAGGAGGUCAAGGUAUUCUCGUUCUCCUUCCCCUUACAAGCGCUAUGACAGGUCUCUUUCAAGGUCUUUAUCAAGGAGCAGAUCAAGGAGCUACGACUCAAGUGAUGAUGAGAAUCCGGGAAAUAAUUUGUAUGUGACUGGACUUCCAGCGCGAGUUUCGAAGAGAGAUGUUGAGAAGCACUUCUCAUCUGAGGGAGUGGUUGAAGAUGUUCAUCUUGUUGUUGAUCCAUGGACACGAGAAUCUCGUGGUUUUGCAUUUGUGACCAUGUCCACUGUGAAAGAUGCCGAUCGCUGCAUCAAGUACUUAGACCGCUCAGUGUUUGAAGGCAGGGUCAUAACUGUGGAGAAGGCUAGAAGACACAGAGGCCGUACACCUACUCCAGGAAGGUACCUUGGGCUGAGAACUCAGAGGCGUCGUCGAUCUCCUAGCUACUCUUCUCACUCUAGGAGUCGUAGCAGAUCAUAUUCUCCUUAUUACAGACGGCACCGACGAUCGUACUCUCCAGAUGACAGACGUAGGUCAUACUCCCCAUAUUACAGCCGUCGAAGUUCUUAUUCACGAUAUCGUUCGCCAUCAUACAGCAGGUCUCCUGUUAGCAGACGUGACCGGUACUAUUCUCCGUACUACUAUCGGGACUAUUCUCCCGAUGAUCGAUACUAUAGAAGUCAUCGAUAUCGGUCUAUUUCAAGGGAGUACUCUCCAGACGAUCGAUAUUAUAGAAGCAGGAGAUAUCGGUCUAUUUCCCGAAGCAUAUCACCAAGGUAUAGGAAGACUUCUAGGAGGAGUUACUCACAGAGCCCCUCACCCCAGCAUUCGAGGAGUUACUCCCGCAGUGUCUCACCAAGGUACACUAGAAGCCAUUAUCGAAGUGUGACACCUUCUCCGAGGAGGAUCUCAAGGAGGAGUUACUCUCGUAGCGCGUCUCCCAAACCAAGUAGCAUCUCGAAGCGAAAUGAUUCACGUGGUUCCCAUGAAGCAAGCAAAAGCUCAAAGAGGAGUGCAUCUUGUGGUUCCCGUGGGUCUAUCAGACGAGCACACUCUCGCGACAGCCGUUCUUCGAGAAGACAUUCUAGGAGCCCUAGUGGCAGUUCAUCGUCUAGACUCUAGAUCUGCUAUUCUCAAGUCUCAGGAUUAUGCUCUUUGGGAUGCCAGUUUAAGGAGCUUCUCUGAGAUCUGGUUAGGACAAUAAUUCCUGGUAGAGGUAUUAUGUUUAGGUAUCUCUAAUAUUUGCUGCGGUUUUUCAUUUUCGUCUAUUUUGAACCAUAUGAUAAUCUGUACUGUAUCUGUGCAUGCGUGAUGAUGCAUGAUUCAAAUGUUGCUUUAGCGUGAUGUUGAAUUUACUUGUAUCAUGCCAUAUGCUGGGUUAGCUUAUCUGUAUCUUAGAGGAGACCUAUGAAUAUAUCACGCUAGUAUGAUUCUAUACAAGUUUAUCUCCUUGGAGCAUA